GUAAAAAACAACAGUAAAGCGCAGACUGAACACGCGCAGCAAAGACGCUGUCAGGACAGAGAUUUUUAUAGAAAUUUGAAUGUUUGGUCAGAUCACUUUUAAAAAUCUAUUCUUUAGGUGGCGCUGUACAGCUUUAUUUUGGCUCGCUCUCCUCUCAGAUGAAGAUCAUCCAGUAAAUGUUGGCGACGCUGGAGCUGAGCGCGCAUCUCUAAAGAUGAAAGCUUCAGCAGAAGAAACUCUAAAACCAAUCGAUUGAUUGAUUCAUUCAUCGCAUGAAGACAGCAGACAUGGAUGGAGCUCGGAAAAACAUGGACACAUGUCUUAGAAGAUUAAAACAAGAGCUGUCUGUUGAGUCCCAUCCAGCUGUCGCUGAACACAGCACCUGUGCCAAUGGGUCCUUUGGUGUACAACUCUCUAUGAAGGAGGCCGGUGAUGGACUACAUGAUCAGAUGAACUGCAUGAUGGGAGCCCUGCAAGAAUUGAAACUCCUUCAGGUUCAAACUGCCCUUGAGCAACUAAAGAUCUCAGGAAAUACUGGAUGUAUGACUCAAUCGGCUGUUAAAGGUUCUAGCACCAGUCCCGACCCAGACAACGAGAAACCUCAGUCUGUUAGGACCUUUGUAACAGAAGAUCAGCACCCCAACCGCAGUAGUUUGGGGACAUCCCCCUCGUUGUCCAGUCUAGGGAGCGAGAGUGUACCUCUGCCCAAACCGAUCUCAGGUUACACAGCCCCACAAGUGGAAUACUGUGGGCCAAAGUUGGGCCACCUUCCUGUACACCACAGCAACCAGCAACAUUUGUUUGAACCAGAACAACAGGAGGUAGACCUGCCUGGGAUCUUGUACAGCCUGUCUCGAGAGGGACCGUCACUUGACAGCGAUUGCCUCGAGGACACCAUGGAUGACUCUAGUGACUGGACAUCUUCACUCAUGAGUCAAAGUCGCAAUCGUCAGCCUCUUGUGCUUGGAGACAACGUCUUUGCUGACUUAGUGGGCAACUGGUUGGACCUUCCUGAACUGGAAAAAGACCUCAAUAGAUCUGACUUUCCAGCCCAUCCACUCAGACUCAGUCGCUCUCAGGAGCUCUGCAAAAGAUUCUCGUUGACCACCAACAUCUUCAAGAAGUUCCUGCGUAGUGUGCGACCUGAUCGUGAUAAACUCCUGAAGGAGAAGCCAGGCUGGAUGCCACCAGAUCUCAACCCAGAGGCAGAACUCUUUAAGAGACCCAAGAAGGCAGCAAAGUCUAGGGGUGGCUUUUAUUUACCAUUCUGGGCAGGAGGGCAACUGGGAAAGGGACAGUCAUGUCCUCCACCAACAGAAAAAGGGGAUCAGUUUCUUGAACUGAACAUUGACAGUAAAACAGCUCCUGAAGACAAAGUCCAUCCCUUAUUUGACUAUAAUACAGCUGUUUGGGUUUAAAAUGGAGUCCUAAACAAGAGAUUAUGUAUAACAUAUCACAACUAAUUAUAUUUCUUAUUAAAUUCGAACAUGACAAUCAUUAAGAACUUUCAGGGUAUGUGAGCAGGUCUUCCUUUUGAAAUGUAGAUUACAGCUGCACUUAAAAUAACCCAGUAAUAAUUUGAAAACCCAGUGCAGGAUCCACAGCUACUGCAUAUAUUUGUUUCAUCACUAGAAUGCCAUAUGUGUCUUAAAGUCAGUUUCCAUCCGUUUGCUGAUUCCCUUUUGUGCUGUCACUUCUGAUGUUGUUCAGAUUUUCAAUCAUUCAGGUCGAUGUGCAUGAUUACUGGUUUCUCUGUAACACUCUGGUGAAGUUAGCUUCACAAACAAAUCUUACCUUAUAUUUAAGCACAGUAGUUUCUUCUGCCAGACUGUUGUACUUUCAGGGACUUAAAGCUGCAGUCUGUAACCUUUGCCUCUCUAUCGCCAACUCUGUUUGAAACAUAAAUUGCAGUUAUUUGCAAAAAAAAAAAAAAAAAUGGUAUCGUGUGCAUUGUGCUUCACCCUGAUUUUUGCACGAAUGAAUCUGAUCACAGCAUUAAAUCUGUCAUUAUACAUAGACAUAGUAUAUCCUAAAAGUCAUAUAUCCGCUAAAACCUCAGAAAGUAAUAGAUUGUUCUGACUAAAUGAAGAUGUAAAAGUUUCAAUAUAAUACAUGUUGGUGAUGUCUUACUUGUUCAGAGGAUAAAGUCAUCUUUGCUCCAGUAUUUAACCCCUUCAGAUGUUAAAAAUGUCCUGCUAAUAUUAACUCUUGCUUUAACACAAGCUCUGUCACAACUUUAGGCAGUUUGAGCUUUCGUCUUGUUAACAACAGAUGAUUCUCUAGAUGUAAGGACGUCAUCUAGAUGACAAGUUUAAAAUCGAAGCAAUUGUUGAACAAGCUACAAACUCUUCUUAAUGUUUCUAGGCGUGAUGAAUCACGCAAUAAGUUAUAUUUCAUGCAAAGUCCAGCCCGACCAAGCAUAUUGUAAAUUAUUAUUAUAAGCUUUCCGUUGUAAAUCGGUAACAUAUGGAGACUGUGAUUUUUAUGUAUUUACUCAACAACUGAUUUUUGUUUUUUUUGUAACUAAGAAAAGUUACAGACUGCAGCUUAAAUAACUUUAUUAAUCGACUCACUGCACACAAAUAUCAGGUUUUUUUAUUUAACAAUACUUUUUAUAAUGUUACAUUAUUCAUGGGCACAUGGUCGCUGGUUAAAAUUGCUGCGACCCUCACUAUCUAUUCUAUAAAAGAAAGACUUUAACUUAAAGCAGGGGUUUUUCAAGAGGUCCCCACAAAAUUUAAGUGGUAAAAGACAAAGCAAAAAUAGUUAAAGUCUACUGUGUAGCCAAAUUAUUUAAGUAUUUAUGAUAUAACAAUUACUGUUUAUCCAACACAGUUUCAAUUUUUCAUUAUAACAUGGAUAUAUAUUUUGGGAAAGGGGGCCCUCGGAAACAGUUCAUCAUAAUUGGGGGUCCCUGCAAUCAUAAAGUUUGAAAACCCCUGCCUUAAGAGUAUCUUUGUGGCUUUCCCUCAUCAAGGGCCCAGGAAAUAUUAAACACAGGAACAGUUAAAGACAUUAUAAUGAAAAUUCAAGCUUUUGUAAAAUAAGCUACAGUGAUUGGUGUGCACCCAUUAAAAUUCAACCGUAAACUCAACGAUUGACUUAACAUGUCUUAACAUAGGCCUGUGUGAUGGCGAACCAUUAUAAAGCAUCUCAGAUGAUUAUAACACUUUGCUGUAUGUGUUGCUGAGGAUAAUCCCUCACACACACAUGAGAGAAGAUUAAGAUUUUUUAUGUAGAUCAUGUUAAUAAUACUGUAGGAUGGGAUACCUCUGACAUUCAGACAAUGAAUCAAACCAGAUAUUGACUUAUUGAUCUCUAUUUAAAAAUACAGCUGUCUCUAGUAAAAGUUACAGCAUGAUUCAACAGGGUCAGUUACACUGGCAGCAAUAAUCGUACAAUAUUUGUGUGUGCAUGCCACUGUAAAAAAACUGCUGCAAUUUUUGUCAAAUCAACGCAUAUUUUUAUGUUACUUUAACUUUAAAGUUAAACAAUAUCAAUUUGAAUUUAUACAUUAUGUCAACUCUUCUUAGCCAAAACUUUAAAAAGUAGGUUGAAUUGACUUGCAAAACCAAGUUGUUUUAACUGCAUUUUUUUACAGUGUGUGUGGGAGAAAUGCAAAACUGUAAAGUACUUUUUGAAUUGUAUUAUCAUCCAUAUUCAUAGUUAUUAACAUUUUUUAAGUUUAACAGUGCUUCUUUAUAUUUAGUAGACUUUUAGAAAAAUGGUGCAGUUGUCAUCAAAACAAAAUGUACUUUGUUUAUAUUUUGAAGCACAAACAGCAAUACCCAGAGCUCACCACACGAUAGUCAUCAUACUGUCAGAGACGACAGCUGCGUGAAUGCCAUACAAAUCUAUUCAAAGAGUGUUUUUGUAUGUUGCCAAAAGUUUUAUAUUGAUGAAAUGUAAUUUUGCAGAGCCUCUUUAAGAGCGCCCCAUAUUAAUAAAUGAUGUAUUUUGUUUGUUUUCUUAAUGUAUCGUUUAGUGGUUUAGAUGAACAGUUAUUUUGCCAUGGAGAAGGUUAGCUGUGUAACCAGUUGUAAACGUGUCUUGGAAAAUGAUGUCUUUCUUACGAAAGGAUUUGUUUCAGGCAUUGUCUUUUAUGGUGCUCUGUUACAUAGCUAGAUCAUUACAACGCAUGUUAAGCAAGAAAGAAAGAAAUUGCACUGAUAUUAAAUAUUUUAGGUGCCAUGUUUGUCACAGUAUUAUCCCCAGCAGUCUUUAUUCAUAUGUUAUAAUUCAAAGAAGAGUCGUCAAAAAAUGCCAUAAAUGUGAUUGUUUCGUCAGGGAUUCACAAUCCACUUGUCAUGCUCCUGUAUGAGCUUUGAGCAUAAUGCUUGAUGAAAGCAUUGGCAUACAGUAUUAUGAUCAUAAAGCUGAUUUUUUUCAAAAAUGUGUCUAUAAUAUAUUAUAUUAUUUUAUAUAUAGAAGAAUGAUAAAGAAUUUGGAAAAACCCCAUGUGAGCUCAUAACAAAUCCAUGGUAACACCAGUGUACGUGCAUAAGCCUAACAUCAUUGCACAUAGUGUGAGCUUUUGCACCAUGCAUUGCAUUAAAAUCACAGGCAAAAUGAAGUUCAUGUGCUCCACUAAAACAUUUAUGAUAAUGUGACUGUCUGUCUGCUCUACAGUGAGUAAUCCAGGUGCACGGCUGUAUGGGAACCGAGAGGUUAUGGCCAAAGUGUAUGAGAGUUGCAGCUGUUGACUUUCUAUCUGCCCCAUUUCUCCUGUUUCUUCCCUUGGGAGUGUAAAGCAGGGAGAUGAUUGGUUUGGAUGGAAGGGGGUGGGGGGGAUUGGAUAUUAGCUCACUGGCUGGUCAUGGCUCUAUUCACUGUUUCCUCCCCCAUCUUGUCUGUUGAAUCUGGCAGCUGUCAUUCUCUCACUGGAACUAGGACACAAUGCUUUACCGUGUUUGUGUGCUUAGUCACAUGUAUAACUAACAUGUCCAACCCUGUAAAAGAACCCUUACUUUAAUGAUCCUUAAUUGAACAUUUUGUAUUUACCCUUGUAUUUUCCUACGUAUUUACUCUUUUGUUGUUUAACCCUCCUUUUUGACAAAUGAAGUGGCUGAUCUCAGGUCAGACUGAGUCAGCUUUUUUCUGUGUUUUAAGCUAUUAAGCCCUGGUCUCUAUGCAGGAUUAAGGAACUGGCUCAUAUUGCACAUUUUAUAUGCAUAAGCCAAACAGGAGAA